AGGUCAGAGGAUCUUUAUUUUCAAGUAGUACGACUCAACGACGGACCGAACGUACUUUUUCUUUAGCAGCAGAACGAAAUAGCGGAUAGGAUAAGUUCGUAUCUCUGUUGCCGAAACAUAGAAAUCCUUUUACUCUGACGAUGCUACUGAAAAAUAAAGAUCUUUUAACUGAAAGUGAUUCAUCGUCGCAUAAUUUUUUAUUACAUGUGUCGUAACGUGUGUCGUAUCUUUUAUACAAGAGCAUUAGUAUUCAAUCAUAUAAACGAGCAGAAUGGCCCAAUCAUUCCUUUCAGAUGAUUUUUGGAACAGUAUCGAUCGGCGAAUGUGGAUGUUCCGCGCAAAUGAUCGGCCCGUCACAACUGCGACAGACCGUUCGGUUGACAGUUCAUGUCGGCUACGUGUUUAAUACUCUACCGUUCGAUAAUUCAUAUCUCACAAUGCAGCUUGACGACAUCUUAAAACGCGGUACUUUUUAAAAGUCUCGGUGGAAGUAGAAUAUCGGAGAUAAGGAAAAAAGAAUAUCGUGCAUGGAAAGAGACAGAUAAAAUAUAAAAGAAAAUAAAAAUGCGUCAUUGUUAUCAAAGCAGGCAUUCAAGAAUUAAGCGCCAUUUCCUGUAAACAAUGCUCAACUAGCUUGGAAAAUAUGUGAGGAAACAAUCAUCAAAGAAUUAAAGGAAGAAUCUCAGCAAUAUCAGAUUGCAUGAAUCAUUUGUGCAAGAUAAGAUAAUUAAAGAUUGCUAAAAUUGCAUCGGAUUCAAUAGAUCUGCUUUGAGCUCAAUCAGAAGGAAAUUAUAUCUUGAAGAUUAAACAUGUCAGGAGGAGAAAGAAAGAAGAGGGGCUGUGACAGGGGCCAAGGAUGGGAAGAAGCUGGUGCUGAAUUCUAUCAGGAAAGCUAUCCAGCGGCUAUAGAAGCUGAUCUACAGCAGGCCUUACAGAGAGAUCCUUCACAUAUAGCCACCUUACUUCCUAGCAAGAAAUCUCGUGUUGCCACAGCUAAACGAAUCCGAAAUGACACAAAGACAACACUGAGAAGGCGUACAAGCACUAGAUCUCGAGGCACAACCACUUCAAGGCGCAUGUCGACUAAUAUUCACGAUACAGCAGUGUCCACGUUACCAGAUCUGUCAGAGAACUUGUCCAAUGAGGAACGCACAUGGGAGGAGAUCAUGCAGAUCAAAGCUAUGCCUUUGCGCAUGUCGCAAAAAAUACAGUUGAAGAAUCAAUUACAGAGCGCCACAAAAUUGAGACUGCAAGGUUUCGAGCAGUUGAAAUGGCAGCGCAGGAAAGCCUGGCAGCAAUUUCGCAUAAGACUGAAAGAAGCUUACUCCAAAAUAGAUCUGUGGAACGAUAGUCUGCAAAAGAUUGGUGGAAACUUUGGAAUGGGGAUAGUAGCAUACUUCUUGUUUAUCAAAUGGCUGAUGUAUCUAAAUCUACUACUGUUCGCAAUCAUAUUCCCGCUGAUUGUGUUGCCCGCGACCGUGCUGCAGACGCCGGAGAACGAAGCGUGCUCCAACAACAGCUCCAACUCCAGCGUGGCAUGCUGCUCUGAACUGUACAAGAACAUGACUGACAAGAGCAACAGCCUCACCGAUAUCGUGCAGGGCGGCGGUAUUCUCGAAUAUACUCUGCUAUUCUACGGCUCGUACACGCACAAGAUCUACGAGAGCAUAGGCGCCAAUUUCUACUACAACUCGUCGUUGUCGUACAUCUGUGCCAUCAUCAGCGUCUUCAUCGUUAGCCUAGUGGCGAUCGUGCGAUCCGCCGCGAAGGGCUUCAAGGAGCGCGUCGUGGAGGGAGAAGGUCAAUUCUAUCAGUACUGUAACUUGGUGUUCGGCGGCUGGGAUUAUUGUAUCCACAACGAGAAGUCUGCAGCGGUGAAGCACAAGGCGCUGUACAAUGAGAUGAAGGCAUUUCUGGAGGCUGAGCGAUUGGAGGAGGAGAGGAAAAAUCGUACCAGGGAGGAAAAGACGAAACUCUUCUUCAUACGCCUGUUCGUCAAUUUGUUGGUACUGACGGUGCUGAGUGUCUGCGGCGCCUUCAUCUACUACAUAAUCGAUUUCUCGUUCGGUCACCUAGCGGCGUACCAGGACACCGAUAUCUCCAAGAUCAUCCGUCUCUUCUUCGAAUUCCUGCCGUAUAUAUGUAUCGUCGGCCUCAACGUGGCGAUUCCGUUCCUCUUUCGCUACCUAGUCGCCCUGGAGAAUUACAGUCCAUCUUACGUCAUCCGUGUGACAUUAUUCAGGACGAUAUUCCUCCGACUCGCGUCGUUGGUGGUUCUGCUCACGUCCCUGUACACACUCGUCGCAGAGAAGAUCCCGGAGUACGAGUGCUCCAACAGCAAGAACAAGCAGCCGUUGUGCUGGGAAACAUUCGUGGGACAGCAGUUCUUCAAACUCUACACUACUGAUCUGUUCAUCCAGUUCUUCAUGACGUUCUUCGUCAACUUUCCCAGGUCGUUCGUCGCACGACACACCGAGAACAAAGUGCUGCGCUUCGUCGGCGAGCAGGAGUUUGAUCUGCCCAAGCACGUCCUGGAUAUUGUGUACCUGCAGACUAUUUGCUGGCUCGGCUGCUUCUUCGCCCCGCUCUUACCGAUGGUAGCCACGAUCGGCACGUUUCUGCUGUUCUACGUGAAGAAGUUCACGUGUCUAAUUAACAGUACACCGUCAAGCAAGAUCUAUCGCGCGAGCAGGUCAAACUCGCUCUUCAUGUUCAUCCUGUUGGUCUCCUUUAUACUGGCGAUCAUACCGGUCGGGUACUCCAUCGCGGAGAUCAUGCCGUCGAAAUCCUGCGGACCGUUCCGCGGCCUGGAGUCCGUGUGGAUGCUGUUGAUUAUGACGUUCUCGCGAUUUCCCGAUUGGCUGCAGUCGACCCUGUUCUUCUUAGGCACGGCUGGCUUCGGCAUACCGGCGUUCGUCGUCUUGACGUUGCUCCUCUAUUACUAUUACGCGGCGUUGAUCGCGAACAAGCAUAUGGUGACGGUGCUGAAGAAUCAACUGGUACUUGAGGGCCACGACAAGCAGUUCCUGCUCAACAGGCUCAGCGCUUUCAUCAAGCAGCAGCAGGAUCAGAACAAGUUUCACCAGGAACAGACUACCGAGCUGGGCACAUUUCAGCAUGUAUAAAAAGAGAAAAAGCGACGUAGAGUAAACUUGAUUUUAAUGUUCUUACCAAGUUUGUACAAAUCCAGCGAGGACGUCCUCGCGACGGCGAGACUUGGUGGGAAACUUGGUGUCCAAAUCCGGCUCGAUCGAGCGACGAUUGUUUGACGAUUUACUUGUGAUCUUUCCGUAGGUUUUACUUGUGAAACGUGUAAGACUGCGUCAAUCUUAUCUCUUUUAUAUUGCAUACCCACCCGCGGUGACAUUUACGAAACAUUUUUGAUAUUCUAUAUUAAAUUUGUGAAUCGGAGAGAACGAUAGAGAAAUUUCUUACAUGCAAGUAACACGCAAGUAGGCACAAUACCAAAGAUUAAGAUUUGUGUACUUCACUUACGCUGCCGGUUGCAGUGUCUUGUAUUUUACAUAGAGUCAACUAUCUCUAACUUUGAUACAUUGCAGCCACUGCCAAAAAAAAAAGGCGUUAGUUCCCAAGCGCGAGUUCGGCGAGAUUAGUUUCGAAUUUGCGAACCUCAAGGACGGGACAUAUCUGACGUUCUUUAACUCGAUCGUCUCGUGUAGUGCGCGAGAAUAUACACGUCUGAAAUCAGGGUACAAAGAAAAAGCAACAGUUUCGCAAGUAUUACGCAAUAGUUACAGAUAAAGAAGAGUCGCGAUUUAUUUAUUUAUUCGUUAGUUUCGUAUCAUUUCGCAAUUAUCUGUAAAAUCGCGCCAUAGAGCCGUCGUGAUAGAACGAGCGCGGUGGAGAUCCGAUUUAGAGCGUAAUAUUAUCGUCGAACAUUAAAUAUUAUAAGCUAAUGUGUGAUCAUAUAUAUUUAGCUUAGUGCACUAACAAGUAACGAGACUACGCCUCCGUAACGGCGAGCAUUUACUUCCUCGACUUUACGAGUAAACGUUAGUGAGCUUUUGCAUGAAAGAAAAAGAAAGAACGAACGAAACGAAGUGAUACGCAGCGGACCUAUUUUUAGAGUAGCUCUACUUUAGAGAAACCUGUAAUGUUAUUGUAAAUAGGUCCUUUAGAACGAGAAGUUAUUUUAUUAGGCAACACCUCCGACGAGCAACGUGAGAAACAUCAUUAACUGAAGUAUUGUAAUUUAUUAUUCACGUAGAAUGUAAGAGCGGAACUUUUGCAAUUCCAUGUAGGGUACUCCGUUUUCCUUUCUAAUCGGUUUUACAAAUCUCAUAUACCUCAGUAUUGCAAUGCCAAAGAGAAUUCCAGUAUAGGAAUUCCCAUAAUAAUUUUAAUAUUACGUUUUUCUACUGUAGCGCGUCAUCUUAAAAUAACGCGAACAUGCUCUGUUUAAGAUCGUGCCCAUUUUCCCUCACUGCCAAUGAUCUUACAUAAUCCUACGGAAAUGACAGUUUUUUACUCCAGUGUAUGUUUAAAAAUCAAUUUUGUAGGUAUCCAAGCGCACAUGUUCGAUACACGUAUUGUGGUAAAUCGAUUUAAUUCUUUGGCCUAAAUAAUUGAACGUAUACCGCACACAUCUCGAAGAAUGCAUUUUGUAAGUCACACUCGUACGACAAUGUAUAAAAUGGUAUGUAUGGAGAUUCAGAUACUAAGUACACAUCUUCCAUUAAUUUACAAUGAAUAUUGUAAGCUAUUGAUGGCACUAAAUGCAUUAAUAUAAAAUAUAAAAAUGGUAUAAAACAUGAUAAUCGCGCGUAUGCAAGACAGAUUUUUAUCUCUAAAAAAAGAAGCAAUGAACUUUAUAGAAUUCAUUCCUUUACAACUCUAUCAUGGUAUUAAACGAAAUCGCACAGAUAUGCCUAAAUAGGAAACAUUUCUCUGAACGAUGCAACGCUAAUAAGAUUGUCUUUAAUAUCACUGCUAUCUCUCUUUACACAUCUUACAGCCAUAGAUUCUUACACAUACAUUAUUUGUGGCAUAUUCAUCCAAUUAUGACGCUGUAAAAAUAAAUCUGUUACACGAAA